UCAGCAAUGGACAAAACUCCCCAAGAUCCAAAACCCGCCACCGCCACCGCCACCGCCGCCGUCGACGGCGUUUCAGCCGGAAAGACGAAGCAAAUGUGGGACUGCGGAAGCUCUCUCUACGACUCAUUCGAGCUGAGGUCAUUCGAGCGCCAGCUCAACUCAGCUAUAGAUUCUAGAAGCUUCUCGAUGCCCCAUUUACCCGAAAACCGCAGCCGCCGGACCAUACAGCUUCAUCCGCCGCCGCCUAAGGGAGCGCACUCGUCUCCGUCGUCCAAGAUUUCUCGGUCCUUCCAGAAGCUUCUGAAAUCUGUUUUCCGGCACAAACCAGCUGCCGUCGACGGUAACGGUGGCGCUAAGCAGCAGCGCCAGCAGCAGUUCCGAGUCUCGGAGGCGUCACGGAGCGGGUUGCUCAAGGCCAUUUGUGAGAAUUCCGAUGACGUGCCAGAGCGUUUGACGAUUCCGGAGGUCCCGGAGUACGAUAUGCUCUCGCCGGAGAUCAGAUCGUUGGUGCGGCGGACACCGUCCGAGCGGUUUAUGGCUUCUUCUAGUAUUGGUAUUUCAUGCGCUUAAUAAAUAUGGAGUAACACUAGUGAUAAUAAAAGCGGUCUCUGAUCGAGUCUCUAAUACAAGACGUUUCGAGUUCGAAACUCUCUCUUACCUAUAGAGUAAAUAAAGAAAAAAGGGAAAGUAUAUUUUGUGUUAAUUUGGUACAGAAUAUGUAAAUUUUUAUGUCUAAAGCUAAUUUAUAAUGUCCCAGCAAAUAUAUACUACGUACUUAAUUAUGGAGUGUUAUAAGCUAUUAAUAGUAUAUAAAUUGUCCUAAAUAGGAUUAAAAACGUUUUGAAAUUCGAAAAUGAGACUUUCAUGUUUUUAUUCUCAUAAUAGGAGUAAUUCUAACAAGUUUGAGAAAAAAAUGUUCAUGCUUAAACCCUAGUAAUGCCAAACUUGGCAGAAAUUUACUCGUGUUCGGGGAAUAAAAAUAUGAUAGUCCUAUUUUAGAAUUUAAAAACUUUUUUACUCCCAUGUAGGAAAUUUUCUCUUUUAAUAGUAUCAUGUGUUUGGUUUAGUGAUAGAGGUGUCUAUAAAUGCAUUCAAGUGUCCGUUUUAUUUCUAUAUAAGGAACAAUUUUGUUUUGAAAUAUUUUCAUUCAACCACUUACAUCACUCUCCAGUCUCCAUAGUGUUUAGACAGUUUAAAUCAAAAUAUGUAAUAGGAGUGUGUAAUAAAUGGUAUACAUGGAGUUAUUUGUGAUUCAAAUUUAGUAAUUAAUUAUUACACUCCGUACGCAACAAGUUUGGUUCAGGUAUAAAUGAUCAUAAAUGUGUAUAAAUGAAUUGUUUUAGAUAUAUAAUUAUAAAUGCAUCAAAUCAAAUGAUAAUAUUAAAAUACAGCGAAAUUAUGGGAAUGCAUGUGAGGGGUAAUGUAAGUGUAAAUCAGUGAUGGUUAGUGGUCGAUGAACGACAAGAUUGUAAAAAGGUUGUAGCUAUUACACUUCUGUUUGAUACUCCGAAUAAACAAUUAAUUAAUGUUAAUUAUAAAUGAUAAAUGUUGGAAAACAAUAAAAGAGGUCUAAUAUGUUAUUAAUUAAAAUGUGUUUACCAUCAGAUAAAUAAUACAUGGCUAUUCAUGAAAUAAUAAAAGUGUAGAUACCAGGAUAAUAUAUUUGUUUUGGUGACGAGUCAAAUUAAAUAUAUUACACUGAAGUGAUACAACGGUUAUGACCCCCGGUGCGUGUAAAUUAAGAGAUAACAAUAAAGAUAUUGUAACGGAAAAUAGCCUAAUAAAUUGUUCUAAAUAUUACCAUAAUUGUUGUAAUAAUUAAGGAGUUAUUAGAAUAUUAAGGGGCCAACCGUUACAACAUUAAACUAGUCCUAUAAAUAUCUCAUCUAUUGUGUGGGACUAGAGAUAAUCUCAUACAGUACAUAGCACUGGAAGGUUAGGCCGAUCAAUCGUGUUGGAUUCCGGGUCUUCUUAAAGUGUUAAUGCAAAUGAAUUCUCAAGGUAUUGUUCUAAUUUUAGUUCAUACAUAUUUGAUUUCAUUGAU